AUGCAACAUUAUGCAUUGGAUCUACCACGUUUCAUAAUUAGAUAUUUUUUUGAACUUUCAUGGAAAGAUAAAUUGGGAGGCCUAAAAACAAUAAUUGAAGGGCUUAAAAAUAUACAUCAAGAAGAUAUUAUUCACCGUGAUUAUCACAGCGGAAAUAUUAUGAUUUCCCGUUUCAUGGGACCCACUGGAUUUAUCACCGGGUUUAAAUGUUCAUUAAGCGAUAUUGGUAUAAGUAAAUCAUCAAUAUCAAAUGAUGAUCAUGAAAUUUAUGGUAUUAUUCCUUAUAUAGCACCGGAGAUAUUUCAAGGGCAACAAUAUACUAAAGCUUCAGAUGUGUACGGAUUUGGCAUGAUUAUGUGGGAAUUAUUGACAGGUAGAAGGCCUUUUUGGAAUCGAAAUCAUGAUACAUAUCUUAUUAUUGAAAUUUGCGACGGCCUUCGCCCUCCAAUUGUUACAAAUGCACCCGAAGGUUACAAUGAACUAAUGCAAUGUUGUUGGAAUUCGGAUCCAUUCAAAAGACCAACAGCUGCUAAUAUACUAUCAAUAAUUAUUC